AUGAUGAAGCAGAUGCUAGGCUGCUGCAAGGUCUACAUCUCCGAAAGCCGGAACAAAACCGCGCUGGACUCAAUCGAGCGGGCCGCCAAGCUUUUCCCCGACGCCCCAAUCGUCAACAGGUUCGAUGACGCCAUCUACAACCGGGUCGGGUACACGCUGGUCUCGGAUCCAGCUCCGCUGAAGGGCGCGGCUUUCGAGAUGGUGCGAGCCGCUUUCGAAGCCAUCGACCUCGAAAGGCACUGCGGGUCCCACCCGCGGCUCGGCGUCGUAGACCAUCUAAAUAUUGUCUCACAUAGCCUUGCAGUGGCUACAUUCCUCUACGGAGCAGCACACCGUGAAGCACGGUCACUCGACUCCAUCAGAAGGGAGCUGGGCUACUUCAAGCCCAAUGCCGAUGGAAACCAAUGGACUGGUGGGCCACAGUCAGAAGCACUGCAACUCAGCACGGAUGAGGGCCCGUCUCGUGCUAUCCCAAAAAAGGGCGUUGUCGUAAUUGGAGCCACCCGUUGGGUCGACAAUUACAAUGUACCGAUUUUCACGAGCGAUAUGGCCAAAGUUCGAAAGAUUGCGAGAAGUGUUAGUAGCAGAGGGGGUGGAAAGCCCUCCGUGCAGUCAAUGGCGCUUGCUCAUGGUAAAGGCAUAAUUGAGGUUGCUUGUAAUUUAUUGGAUACGAGUGAAGUUGAUGGUGAUUUUGUUCAGAAAGAGAUCGAGAGGCUUGCCGCGGAAGAAGGUUUGGUUGUGGGGGAAGGUUAUUAUACCGAUCUUUCGCAGGAGAAACUUGUCGAGAAGUAUUUAAACCUUGUUGCUCGUUCGAUCGACUAG